AUGAUCGCCGUGAUCGCCAUCACAGCCAUCAUCAACAUCGCAGCCAUCAUCAACAUCGCAGCCAUCAUCAACAUCGCAGCCAUCAUCGCCAUGGCCGCCAUGGUCACCAGGCCGGACUGGGUGAAGGCCGAACUUUAUGCCGACGGGAUGGAUGACGAUAAGAGUGUCUCGGUUGUUGGGAGCAGAGGGCUGCGAUCUCUAGCGGAAAACAGAAGCAAAGCUCAGCAGAGCAGCGAGAAGGCCGCUGGCGACGUCGCAGUUGAAAGAUCGGUCUCCAGACAGGCGAACAACAGGCCGAUGAGCGCGUCUGAAUUUAGGCAAGGCUCCUCCGACUCGAGCAAGAAGUUCUCGAUCGCAGUCCAAGACUAUGAGCGGAACCUGUCAGUGCUGCGAAAGGAGCGGGACAACCUGCAUGAAGAGGAGGCGCUGGAGAUUGAACGAGCUUACUCCUCGCAGUUGCGAUCUCGGAACGACGUGUCCAACACCGUCCAUGACAUGAUUGAGAAGCUGUCAACAUGUCAGAAGAAGAUCAAAGUGUUAGAGGAUGAAAAGAGGCAGAUUCAGCAUGCUCACAUCAAGGCAAUGCAAGAUAUGACAGUGAGAUGUGAGGCGGCGGAAAAGAAGGUUGCCGAGCUCAAGGAGCGAAAGCUGCAGAGAGAGUCGACCGUGCUGUCUGUUGAGAUGCAGAGGAUGGCGGCGAGUCAUGCGAGGGAGGUUGAGACCUUAGAGACCAAGUUUCAGAAAGCGAACCAAGUCAGUCAGGUGGCUGACGACCUGAGAAGGGAGUGGGAGAAGGAGAGAGAGGCAUUGAAGAGGAAGCUUCAAAGCUGCGAGCAGAACUCCAACGAGCUUCGCAAGCUGCUAGGUUUGUGUGUAAGCGAGAGUGUGUUCCUGCACGUGAAGGGGGAGACAACAGCGAGAGCGCAUGGCAGGGAUGAUAUGGACAGGAUGAUCAAAGUGAACAAGGACCGAGAGACCUUCGACUUGCAGACGUUGAUGGUGAUGGAUUUUACUCAGACGGCUGACAAGCGAAGAAUGCAAUUGGAAGAAGAGAUGAAAGCAUUGAAACUGAAGCACAAGGAGGAGAUCGAAAAGCUGAGCAACUCAUCUAAGUCAGAUCUAGGAAGAGUACAAGAAGCGAUCCGAACCAAGCAAGCGAAAUUCAAUGAGGCGAUGUCCCUCCUUGAAAGCGCCAAGUCGAGAGAGAUUGCAAAACUGCAGGAGGUUGCAAGAUCAGAGAUCGAACAAGCCCAGCUCACACAGGCGCAAAUGCAACAGAACUUCAACGCGAAGUUGGAGGAGGUCAGGAAGACCUUCGACGAAAAGGAAAAGAUAUUGAGAAGAUCGCUGGAGAUCUCCUCAGCAGCGGCAAGGAAAUUCAAAAUCAAUCACGACAGACUCGUCGAGGGCAUUCACCAGCUCCUCUUGCUCCUCGAGAAAAAGAUGUCCCUGGCGAGAAGAGCGAGCAGCAGAGACAAGGGAAACAACAGGAAACAGGAGGAGAGCGAGGAGAACGGGGAAGAGAACGAGGAGGAGGGGGAUGGGGAAGGAGAGGAGGGGCAGAGGCAAUUCCUGCAUGACAAGAGUCAUGAAAGCAUGGUGCUCGAGUUCGAGGACGGUGGAGGCAGGAGGACGAAGGCUUCUUCGUCGCACAGAGGAAGGGCUCUGCGGUGGGAGGACCUGUACCAUCGGCAGGGCUCAGAAGGAGGGAAAAAGAGGCUGCAGCGAUCAGAGACGAUUCCUCCGGAGAUGCGAUCUGUCCUACACGGGGACGUGGGAGAGAGGACGUACUGGACAGAGAGAAUGUCAAACGCUCUUGGCAACCUGCUAAACAUGAAACGGUCAGAGCGGACUAGGCGAGCAUUCUUCCGGGGUUGUCGAGAUUGCGUUUUACAGUCAGAAUGCAAACAUCGAAUAUCAACUCUCCAUUAUCAUGGCAAGAAUAAGCGGAAACAAGCUGUGAUCUACACCAGCUGGCAAGGCUGGACACGAUUCACUCGCACCGUUGGCGACUUGCAAGCCAAGAGCGCAUGGCGGCAGCAGCGAACCCUGACGGAGCAGGAGCAGGAGCAGGAGCAGGAGCAGGAGCAGGAGCAGGAGCAGACGCUGACCUGCUUCUUCGCCUGGAUGAGGCUGAGGGACGCAGGCCGCGCAGGGAGAGCGGCACAGAAGCUCUUGGAGGACUUGAAGAGCUGCGAGGAGAGGAGGAAGGAGGAGGAGGAGCGAGCAGCUGCGGACCUCCGGGCACAGCAGCAGUCCAGCGAGAGGUCCGCCAUGGAGCAGGAGCGCGACUUCGCAGCUCGCUUGCAGGCGGACCGGGAGCACCUGCAGAGGAAGCACGAGGAGGCGCUCAAGAAGCACGCGACAGUCAUGGAGCGCACGAGGGAGAGGUUCGAGUCCAGCAGGGCGGAGUGGGGCAGGAGGCUCCAGCUACUGUCGAGCUCGCUGCAGCUGGAAGUCACGUCCCUCAGCACAGAGCGCGAACUCCUCUCGCGCGACAUCGCUCAGGCGAGCCUCAGGGCCCAGCUAGGCGUCCACCACCUACUCCAGCAGCUCGCCAUGGUCAGGCAGCACGCCCAGGAGUGCCAGCAGGUGGAGCAGGAGACGGCCGAGCUGGUGGCCGGCAGAGCAGAGGAGCUGGAGGAGCGGCUGGGCCUUUUCGUGUCAUCCAACAGUGAGCUGGAGCAGCAGGUGAGGACGCUCAAGGGUCAGGUCGCGUUCAAGGACUGGAGGAUGAGGCGUCUGCUGCACGACCCUCGCCCUCCCCCGCAGCUCCAUCAGACCUCGUCCGCCGUCAACGAAGUUCGGGACCCUGUAGCCACGGAUCCCCGACAGCAGCAUGCAGACCGUCUUGUCGAAGUUGCUCCUGCUCCUGCUCCUGCUCCUGCUCCUGCUCCUGCUCCUGCUCCUGCUCCUGCUCCUGCUCCUGCUCCUGCUCCUGCUCCACUCGCUCAGCAAGCAGUGGAUAUUUCGAUAUGGCAAAGGGAUAGAGUGAGGGAGGAGUAUUCAAUCUCUUCACAGAGGGAACUCUCCUUCCCUGCUUUUGUUGCUGGCGAGGAUUCUCGCGGACAGGCUGGAGGGGGCAGCGAAGGGGAGGAGGAGGAGGAGGUCGACGAGGAGCUGAAAGAGUACAUGCAGCGAAGGAGGGCAGAGAUCAGCUUGCAGCGAUCGAGUAGCCCGGAGACAUAG